AGCCUGCUGCCCCUCUGUGGGACUAUAAGAAGUGUCUGAGCCCUGCAGGGAGCCACCAUCCGGUCCAAAUCAUCCUGCACUACAGGUCGUCCUCACCAGUCUGCAACCAUGAAAUUCUCCAUCAUCGCCGCUUUUGUUGUAUUCGCACUGGCUCAAGGAAGCCUUGCACAGGACCCUGCAGCCGAGCUCCAGAAGAUCAGCGAGUAUUUUGAGAACAUGAAGAACAAGAUGACAGAGGAGCUAACCACCUUCAUGCGCACCCAGGACCUGGGCAACCAAGCUCAGACCUUCCUGGAGGAGCAGAAGACCCAGUUCGAGCCCAUGGUCGCCAAAAUCCAGGAGCAGCUGAAGUCGGUCGUCACCAACGUUGAGGGGCAGAUCCAGCCAAUGGCCGCCAACGUGCAGGCCCAGAUCCAACCCAUGGUGCAGAAGUUCCAGGAGCAGAUGGAGGCCAUCCUCAAGCAGCUGACCGACCAGACCAAGGCUAUCACCAACUAAAGAAGCCCUCGUCCUAUUUUCCUCCAUCAUGGACUGACUUUUUUUGUGGCGUUUGGACUUUGCGUCUAUUGUGACGCCUGGCUGAGAAUAACUGGCCUGUGGUGCGUUUCAUCUUUGCAUCAAUAAAAAGUUGAAACAUA